AUUACUACGUUUAUGAUCUCAUUUUAUUUCAGUUUUAACCUCUAUCACUCAAAUUUAAUCGAUUACAAUUAAAAUAAAGAAUAAGCGAAAGCGAGCGAUAAAAAUAAGGGAUUUUUAUCAUAAUUGUCCAAAAAUCUAUUUGAGUUUUUAUUUUGGAUAGCAAAGGUUUACUGAUUCUAAGAUUAUCGUCCACGUGCAUCUAACCUCGAAGUAUUUCGAGACGUUUCAAGAGAGAUUACAGUAUUAAUUUCUACCGAACAUGCCUGCUCCUUGCGAGGACAUCAUUGAGGAUAUUGAGGAUUUAAUCGCUUCCCAGGAUAUAACACCGAAGGAGAGAUAUAGUUCGAGAAAGCAUAUCACGAUACGACCAAAACGAAAAAAGCAGGUACAGGAGGAGGUGGUUUUGCAGCCACUUGUCUUGUCAAGUAUAAUACCUGGUACUCAGACGAUCUACGUGAAAACGUGGGGAUGUACGCACAAUAAUUCGGAUACCGAGUACAUGGCUGGACAGCUGGCAGCGUAUGGUUACAAUUUGUCCGAUGAUAAGCUGAAGGCAGACUUGUGGCUUCUGAAUUCGUGCACCGUCAAGAAUCCUGCGGAGGAUCAGUUCAGGAAUGAAAUCGAGCAUGGGAAGAAAAUAGGCAAACAUGUUGUAGUUGCUGGAUGCGUACCACAAGGAGCUCCAAAAUCUUCCUUCCUUCAAGGCUUGAGUAUAAUUGGAGUGCAACAGAUCGAUCGAGUGGUGGAAGUCGUGGAGGAAACGUUGAAAGGAAAUACAGUGAGAUUUUUGAAACAGAAAAAGAAUUCCGGUAAGAAAACCGGUGGCGCUUCGUUGAGUCUUCCGAAGGUGCGGCGAAAUCCACUCAUCGAGAUCAUAGCCAUCAAUACGGGUUGCCUGAAUCAAUGUACUUACUGCAAAACAAAGCACGCGCGAGGAGAACUGGGCAGUUACCAGCCGGAAGAUAUAGUCGAGCGAGCUAAACAGGCCUUCGAGGAGGGUGUGUGCGAGUUGUGGCUCACGUCGGAAGACACAGGUGCCUACGGCAGAGACAUCGGCUCCAGUUUGCCAGAGUUAUGGCGACUGAUAGAUGUGAUUCCGGAAGGUUGCAUGAUGCGUGUCGGCAUGACCAAUCCACCAUAUAUCCUCGAGCAUCUGGACGAGAUGGCCAAGAUCUUGCGUCAUCCCAAGGUCUACAGCUUCCUGCACAUUCCGGUGCAAUCCGGCAGCGAUCAGGUGUUAGCUGACAUGAAACGGGAGUAUACGCGCGCCGAGUUCGAGCACACCGUGAAUUUCCUGAGCGAACGAGUACCGGGUCUGACUAUCGCUACGGAUAUCAUCUGCGGCUUCCCCACGGAAACGGAAGCGGAUUUCGAGCAGACGAUGACGCUCUGUCAAAAAUAUAAGUUUCCGAGCCUCUUCAUCAAUCAGUUCUUCUCUCGACCCGGCACACCCGCCGCUAGAAUGCCGAAGGUACCCACGCAAGAGGUGAAGACUCGAACCAAAAGGUUGUCGGAAUUCUUCCAGUCGUACGAACUGCAUCAACAUAAAAUUGGACUGUUGCAAAAGGUGCUAGUGACGGAGGUGUCGCAUGAUAAACAGCAUUACGUAGGACACAACAAGUUCUACGAACAGGUGUUGAUUCCUAUGGAGGAGAAAUAUAUGGGAAAGAUGAUCGAUGUGAGAAUUAUAGAAGCGACGAAGUUCUCCAUGAAAGGGGAACCGAUUGGCGAAGGUGUAUCUCCGGCACUGACAUCUCCUUCACAAGAAAUCGUCGUUCCCAAAGCAUUACAAGAGAAGACAUCGUCGAGUUACAAAAUAGUGACGAUUACGAUCUUUUUUGCUGUGAUUGUUAGGAUACUAUGGACAUUUCUAAUUUAAAUAUAUAUCGUUUAUUUUAUGUAGAUAGUUUAUUGAAAAUAUAUAUGACAUUGCACACAAUAAAUGUGGAAUUUUAUAUUUAAUAUA